AUGAUUUUUAUGAGGCAAUGCAAGCUUGCUAUUCUGCAAGGACCGAAAAGCAACAUUUAUCCUCGAAUUUUGUAUUCUAAAGCUCAGCAGUUGAGGUUUCAAUCAUCAUUUAAUAGCAGUUCGUUUACUGCAGAUGACAUGUUUGAAUCCCGAUUGGAAAUUUUAGAGAAAAAUACCGAAGAGGAGUUCUUAAAGAAACCCAAACUAGAAUCACAGGUGGAAACCAACAAGAAAAUUAUGGAGCUUUAUGAAUCUAUUGAGAACUACCAACGAUCAAUUUAUGAUUUCAAUAAACUAUCGCCUGGUAAGAACGUAUAUAUCAAGAGAAGUAACGAACUUAUCAAAAAGAUACUAACUGAUCCUAAAACCAAUUUUGACGACCAAUUGUUGGAGGAGCUCUUUGUCAAGCAACCAUUAUUUCCGACUUUAGAGACCAUCAUCAAAUCAUAUUAUUCCAAAGGAUCAUCAAUUUACAUACCAUCUAAGCUAUCACUAAUACCAUUCAGAAAACUACUAUGGGAUGCACAGUUUCAGCAGGCUUUAGACUAUGUAGAGCUGACUAACGGUAAUAAGAGAUACAUCGAGCACAGAAAAAAGGGACUAAAAAAUAUCUUCAAGAUAUUUGGAGGAUCGAUUGUUGGAUUUAUUGGAAUGAUUCAUGGAUAUGUAAGUGUUUUCCAUCCGGAAAUCAUACAUUCAGGUGUAGGUGGCACAUCAUUCGGUAUAUAUGGUAUAUAUGCCUGUAUUGCUACCUAUUUAGUGAACUGUGGGUUUUUGGCAGGUCUAGCAUUCAGUUCCAAAGGUUUAGAGAAUGGUAACCUAAUGUUCAAGCAGUCUACCAUGCCUCAUGAGUGGUAUUUGAAAGUUGAUCAAAUGAAGAUGUGCUCGAAAAUCCUAGAAGCAGACGCCGAGAUUAAUGGAAUUGAUGGAUUUGCAACUAGAGAUGUUGUUAGUAGGAUUCAGAAGAUGGGAUUUGAAGUCAACGAACCUGAACAAGAAGUGAUGUUGAGACAAUAUUGGUAUUCCUCUGGUGAGGGGUUUAUGUGGGUGGAGCCAGAUAUUGAUCCUGCUGAAAUCGAAUGGUGGAAACACCUAGAUGACAUUGGCGUUAAAAAGGUCUGGGAUCAAGACCUUAAUAAAAUUGAGGAGGCUGAUGCAUGUGACGAUAAUAUCAGUGACGAUGAUGUCACUGAGCUAUUGAUUCCGGAUGAUAAGAAGUAG